UUGCUGUUGCUUACACAGGGUAAGACAACAGAGCCAGCUGAGAAGUCAAAGAUUAGCAGAACGUGAGAAAGACAAACUUUGGGAGAAUCAACUAUCAGAAGACUUUUGUCUGCAGCCAUCAAAGAAACCACAUCAACUAUUCCUUAUGGGCCAUAAAUUCACAGAAAAAAUAUCCUCAUUUCUAUUUGAAUAUGACACCCCAAGGAUGGUUUUGGUGCACAACAAGAAGGUGGGCUUAACCUUCCGGCUGAUCCAGCUGGUAGUCCUUACCUACAUCAUUGGGUGGGUAUUCCUGUAUGAGAAAGGCUACCAGUCUAAGGAUAGCAUCAUAAACUCCGUCUCAGUGAAGCUCAAAGGCAUCGCACUAACCAACAUUAGUGGCAUGGGUCCGUACUUAUGGGAUGUGGCAGAGUACGUUUUCCCUCCUCAGGGAGACAGUUCCUUUGUGGUGAUGACUAACUUUAUUAUCACCCAUGGGCAGAAACAGGAAACAUGUCCAGGGCAUCCUGAGAGUGAGAAGUGUAACAAUGACAGUAAUUGUAAUAAAGGACAGUUUCUUCGCCGAGGUCAAGGAAUCAUGACUGGGAAGUGUGUGAAUUUUACCCGUACACAGAAGUCCUGUGAGAUAUUUGGCUGGUGCCCUGUUGAAAUUGAUGACAACAUUCCCAAUCCACCGUUGCUUCUGGAAGCUGGAAAGUUUACCUUGUUUAUAAAAAACAGCAUUACUUUCCCCAGGUUUGGGGUUUCCAGACGCAAUCUUGUUGAGCGAGUUACUGAACGCUAUCUGAAGAAAUGUGUUUAUCACAAAGACAAGGAUCCACUGUGCCCUGUGUUUAAACUUGGACAUAUGGUGGAAGAAUCUGGACAGAAUUUUUCUCAACUUGCUUUUAAGGGAGGCACUGUUGGAAUCACCAUAAACUGGGACUGUGACCUUGAUUGGCCUCAGAAACACUGUGUACCUGUUUACAAGUUCCAUAAGCUUUACAAUGAAGACAGUAACGUCUCUCCGGGCUAUAAUUUCAGGUAUGCCAGAUAUUACAGAGAAAAUGGAAGAGACAUGAGGAUUCUGUACAAGGUGUUUGGCAUCCGAUUUGAUAUUUUGGUGAACGGGAAGGCAGGAAAAUUUGAUAUUAUUCCAACAAUGACUACUGUAGGUUCUGGAAUUGGUAUCUUUGGAGUGGCCUCUGUACUUUGCGAUCUGCUCCUGUUAAAUUUCCUAUCUGACCGGGACUACUACAAGCAGAAGAAGUUCAAAUAUGUAGAGCGGAAUUGUAUCAAUUCUGAAAAAGAAGACAUUGACAUGAGCAACUCACAAGGGAAAGAAAAGAGUUCUCUAUGAAACUGUGGAAUUUGAUCAACCUUUUUUCCCUUAUACACUGGACUUACUUCCUGAGAUCCUGUUUUAAAGAAUCAUUCAAUGCGUUCAGCACAGAAACACUGGACCCACACAAGGAAUGUGAUUUUAAAGUCACUCAGUCUGGAACACUUCUCACUUCAGUUAUGUAUUUAUCACAAGGUGAAAGGUGUUGCAAUUGUGUCAGUUUGUAGGAUUCCAGGGGGUGUAGAAAACAGAAGUUGUAAGUAAUAUUUUGCUAUCUUGUAGGUCUAAACAAAUUAUAAUGCCAGGUUUUUAUCAGGUAUUUGUGAGCUGCCUCAUACCUGCCAGGGGCUACUAAGUUGCUGUGGUUACUUAAAACUAGGCAGCCCUGUGGAAGGGCUGCGUGGGCUUUUCUCAGCUGAAAAUGCUAGUGCAAGCUUUCCCACUCAGUUUCCUUUCAAAUUCACUCUAACUACAACUCCCAGAAUUCUCUGUGGCAGUGAUGGCGAACCUUUUAGAGACCGAGUGCCCAAAAACCAGACCUGCCCCCUCCCUGCUCACCCGCAGGGCCACCCACCGCC